AUGGAAGAGGCUGAUCAAGCUGGCAAGGCACGAGAUGCUAGAAAAAUUGUUACGCUAGAUGAACUAGCACUUCACAACUCUCUCGAGUCGGGUGUUUGGGUCGCCAUUUCCGGGCAAGUUUACGACAUCUCAACAUUUAUAAGCGAGCAUCCUGGUGGUGAAGAUAUUCUGCUUGAGGCGGCGGGGACUGAUGUCACAGAAGACUUUUUCGACCUACAUAGCCAUGAAGCUCAAGGAUUGCUUCCUGCCUACCACGUUGGAUCGCUGGGCCUGGCUCCGAGAUUGGGAAAAGACUUGGUCACUGGCCAAAGGCACCGCGGUUCGUUCCUUCAGCUCGACGUCUGGCGGCCCGUUAUGGUCCUCGAGAAGCGUCAACUUUCAAAAGAGACCAUUCUCCUUACUCUAAAAUGGGAUCAUUACGAAGAAUUCGGCCUCCCUACUGGAAAACAUGUUCUUUUGCGGGCGAGAGAUCCAGUCUCUAUGAACAGCAUCGUUCGAGCCUAUACACCAAUCGCAGCGAGGGAUGGUGUCGGUGAGGUUGACCUGCUGAUCAAAAUCUACCCAAAGACGGACACUAGACUCGGCGGCAAAAUGACAACGACACUUGACAGUAUGUCUAUUGGAGCUACACUGGAGCUCAAAGGCCCCGUUGGCAAUUUUGAAUACAUGGGGCAGGGGAAAUGCCGUGUUUCUGGCAAGACGCGGCAGGUCAACCGGUUUAUCUUGGUCUCGGCUGGAUCUGGCUUGACUCCGAUGCUACAAGUGCUUAGAGCUGUAGCAAAGGACGCCAAAGACUCUACCGAGUGUCUCCUGCUGUACGGUAACCGCCGCGAAGACGACAUUUUAUACAGAGAUGAGCUCGAGUCUAUGGGUGCAUUGGAUGGCCGAAGGAUCCGCGUCACCCACACACUGAGCAGUCCCAGUGCCUCGUGGUCUGGUCAAAGGGGCCGGAUUAGUCAGGAGUUGUUGGAAGCAGAGGUUGAGCAACCCGAGCCAGGCCUCGCGGACCUGGUCCUUCUGUGCGGCCCCCCAGCGAUGGAAACGGCGAUCAAGCAUGUGCUGCAAGCUGGCGGUUGGACAGAUGAACAGAUUAUUUGUUUUUAG